AACGCGCCUCAGCUCUUAUUUUAAGACCUCUUCACUGGCCCCCAUUUCCCAUCUCAUAAUUUCGAAUUUUUAACAAACCAAUAACAUAUUCAAAAUCAACACAAACCCUAAAAAUGAUAGACGACAGACAGUACCACCACCACCACCACUACAAUCACGGCGGUCCACCGCACGGGAUCAUUCUCGCGGUGGUUGUAUGCGUAGUAGUCUUAGUUCCGUUCAUACUCGGCGACCAAGGUGAAGCCAUAACCGAAGCCAUUACAGAGCUUUUAAGUCCAGUUGGUCUUCUUCUUCUGCCCAUUAUUCUUCUGCUGGUCAUUCAGUUUCUCUCGUCGGAGCGUGGCUCUUUUGUCUCCUCCGUCUUCUCCACCGGAGAACCGGACACUAUUCACCGUGUUAGUGGCUCGCCGGUCGGUGUAGCUUUGUUUCUCGUACUGAUCUUGUUUUUGCUUUAUAAUCGCAUGUCUAUCUUUGGUGGAGAUGAUGAUUCAGGUGAUUAAAUGUAGUUAGUUAUUGCAUAGCUUGCAUGGAUCUGAGCUCUUGUUUAAAUUCUCAUUGUUUUUGUUUUUUCUUUUAUUUUUCUGAUUUUUGUGUAUAUAUUUGAGUAAGCUUAAUGCCCCUUUAUAAAAUCAUGAUUGAACAA